AUGUGUUCACUUUUUGAAAUUUAUUCUAUACAUGAACUUCCUGAUAGUUUAAGGGUUAAUAGAAAAAAAGUUAGUGUAAUUAAUGGAAAUGAGUUUCCUGAUAGUAUUCGAACUAAAUUAAUCAAUUAUGAUAGUACGUGGCGACAUAUUUGUCGAGUUGACAAUGAGUUUGUAUUGUUAGAGAGAUACAAUGAAAAAUAUUGGAUACAAUGGUCAAUUUUAUCAUUUGAUAUUGAGGAUAUUAAAAAGGAACAUUUGCUAUUGACAAAGCUUGAAACUAGUGAUUCUAUGAGUUCUCAGAUGCUUGACUUUAAUUCAUUGGGUAUUAGAGAUAUUUUGAAGAGUUUACAAAUGGAAAAGAGUGAAUGUAUAGUUGGCGGUGAUAAUUCAAUUCAGCAUUUAUCUAUGACACCUCCAGAUAUCAUGAACUCAGAGAUUGAAAAGAAACCACUUGAACCAAGAACAUAUAUUGAAAAUAAGUAUUUUGAUACUUUAUAUGGAACAAAUAUUCCAAUUGCAUAUUUUGUUAAAUCAAAUUUGAGUCGACUAAGAAACAUUUGUAAAGCUAAUUUUAAAGAUCAACCCUUUUUACAAUACCAAACGAUUACAACAAGCUUACUUUUGGAUUUGAAUACAUUUGAUAAAAAAUAUAAUGGUAAUGGGCUUUUGAACAAUAAUUCAGAUAAUGAACUUAUUGAGAACAACCGAUUAUCAUUUUUAAAAAAGUUUAAUGUCGUUCCUAACCCUGAUUCUAAUUUACAAAUCACAGAAUUAAUAACUAUAUUGAAGGCUCGUGAACUUAAACUGCAAAUUAUUAUGUUAUUAGAAAUUAUAUUCAUCAAUGAUUUAGAUAGUCGUUUAAUAAAUUUCGAAAAUGAUUAUAAAACAAAGCUGAAGAAAAGAUCACUAAAUGUCACACGUAGGGGUAUAAGAUCAAAGAGAAAGUCAUCUUCGAAUAAUAAAGUAGUUAAAGAGACUAUCGAUUACUGUGAACAAUUGGAUUUAUAUUUAGACAAACUAAAUAUUCUAGAUAUUUUGUUAGCAAGUGAACAUACUAUUAAGGAAGAUACAGAUAUAGAUUUGAUAAAGGAACAAAAAUUGAACAUGUUGAACAGACAUAAGGAAAACUCUUCUUUAGGUUUUAUAAAUUACAUAUUGAUUCCAUUUUUCACGAAGAAGGUGCCCAAUACUGUUCAAUUUAUUAUUAAUAAAUUAAAGGUCCCAAAUCUAAAAUCCCAAAACUUGAGGCAACAAAAUACUGGUGAUUUAAACGCAAAAAGAACAGUAUCUUCAGAAUCAUUAGAUCCAUCAAAUGAGUUUACUUUUUCAAGAAGGGAUUCGAGGAGUUCUUCAAGAGUCAGUUCGUCACCUUCUUCACCUAACGUAAGAUCACUACCUUUGCUUCAAAGAAGAAAUACUACCGAUCUUUCAGCAACUCAUAUGUUUAAUUCUAGAACAUCUUCUAAUUUAACUGAAUUUAUUGAUUCUAACUCCAAAAUUGCCCAAAGGCCUCUGGGUAUGUCUAAAACCAAGUCAGAUCUAAAUUUAUUACAAAAAAGACAACUUUCAGUUUCAGAAUUUUCAUCAAAUAACACAAAUAGUUUCAAUAAUGAUCAAUUUUACAGCAAUAAGGAUAAACAUAUGAAAAAUAGGAAUAUUUUAAUAGAUGCUUCCCAACAUUCAUUUAGGAGGGUCGGUAAAGUGAAGAAAAUUUCUAAUGUAGUAGGGAAAAGUAGUGUACCUGAGAAGCUUCAAAAAUCACAUACAGUCCAAGUUACAGCUACCCCACUACGUAAGGUCAGAGAGUCACCUAAAAAUAUUCCAAUGGACAACAUCAUAGAAUCGCCAGCAGAUGCUUCUCAUACUUCACCUUUAAAUAAGGCAUCUCCGAUUUCAUUAAAUGUUAGAGAGGAUGAAAGCUCUAAACUUAAUAAUGAAGAGGUUCCUAAAAGGAAAGUUAGAAGGCGUCUAUUUGCACCAUGA